ACUAGAAUAGGUAAGUAAGUUAGUUGAAAAUAAAAUAAAAUAAAAUGGCUACGGAAUUCGAUCUUCCCGAGGAAAUUGUGGAAGUACUGCCGUCAGAUCCAUUUGAACAGCUUGAUUUAGCGCGUAAGAUCACUUCCAUUGCCUUAUCCACGCGCAUCUCCGCCUUGGAAUCGGAAGCCGCCGCCUUACGCCGCCACUUGUCGGAGAGAGAUGACAUCAUCAACGACCUCAACUCCCAGCUUGACUCACUUGACUCCUCCCUCGCUGACGCCUCCGAUAGGCUUUCCCGCGCUGAGCAAGAAAAGGAGAGUUUGGUGAAAGAGAAUUCAACGCUAUCUAAUACUGUGAGGAAGCUUAAUCGUGAUGUUGCUAAGUUGGAAGCCUUCAGAAAGACGCUUAUGAGAUCGCUAAAUGAGGAAGAAGACAGCUCGGCUGGAGCUCCAGAUUUUGCUAAAAAUGGACAAAACCAAUCAGAUCAAGAUUCGUCCUCGCCAGCUUCAAGACCUCAAUGGACCCAGUCAACAGAGGGUGGAUAUUCACAGUCAGAGGAUGCUGAAUCAGAAACUUCGAGGCCUCGAAUAUCACCAGGUCUGUUGUUAGCAUCUCAGACUAGCACCCCACGUCUUACUCCUCCUGGCUCCCCUCCAAGUCUUUCAGCAUCCGUGUCUCCUUCAAGGUCACCAAGACCACUAUCUCCAAGGAGGCAUUCUAUUUCAUUCUCAACAGUAAGAGGCAUGUAUGAUGACAGAUCUUCAGCAUUUUCUACAUCCUACAGCCAGCAUGGCUCGAUGUCAGGCCUUGAAGCAGGAUCACAAACUGCACGAGCUCGAGUGGAUGGAAAAGAGUUCUUCCGACAAGUCAGGAGUCGGCUAUCGUAUGAGCAGUUUGGUGGUUUUCUAGCAAAUGUUAAGGAACUGAACUCGCACAAGCAAACGAAAGAGGAAACUUUGCGGAAAGCAGCUGAAAUUUUUGGUGAAGAAAACAAAGACCUUUAUACCAUCUUUGAAGGGUUGAUCUCUCGUAAUGCCCAAUAAAAUAUCCAAAGCUUGAAUAUUGCAUGUAUUUUUUACUGUAAAUUGACUGAAUAAACUAAAUGUGCCAAAAUUAUUUCACUAUAUUGUAUUUUCUUC